AUCCAUAUAUAUAUCAGCGUCCUUCUCGAUAAGGAUCCGAAAAUGGCGAUGGAGAUCGAAGUUUUACCCGACAGCCCGAACGUGGCUAUGAGCCCGGCCCGAAUCUCCUUUUCACACGAUCUUUCACGAAACGACGCCGUUGUAGUCCCCGCCGCCGCCGAACACCACACCCGAUCAACAAAUUCCGCCACUGAAUUCGACUUCUGCGUUUUCCGGGAAAGCUUCGAGCAGGAAUAUUCUUCCUCCUCCGCCGACGAGCUUUUCUUCGACGGCAAGAUCCUCCCGAUCGAGAUCAAGAAAAAAUUACCUCCUCCCUCGCCAAUAAGAGCAGCUCCGCCGCCGCCGCCGCCGGAAAUUGAAGAAGAAAAGCAGAACAACAACAAAACGUCGUCGUUUUGGGGGUUCAAGCGAAGCUCGAGCUUGAACUGCGGAAGCGACUACGCGAGGAAGCUAUGCCCGCUGCCGCUUUUGUCGCGGAGCAAUUCGACCGGCUCGACUCCGAUCGCCGGCGGCGGCGGCGGCGGCGCUAAGCGGUCGUCGCAGGUUUCGAACAAUCAGAAGCAGAAUUUCGCGAAAUGCUCCACCGCGAACAGUUCCCUGAAGCAUUCUUCGUCAACUAAUCACCAAAAACCGCCAUUGAAGAAGAGCAGCUACGGUUCUUACAGCAGUAACGGGGUUAAAUUCAAUCCAGUUCUGAAUGUUACUCCGGCCAAUCUCUUUGGCCUGGGUUUAAUAUUUUCCGGCGGAAAAGACCGGAGUAAGAACAGAUGAUUAUCUUAAUU